CGCGUAGCUGGAGAGGCAUCGCGAUCGCGCUUUACGUGUCUGUCUAGUGCAUUGACAGCCAGCCAGCUGCGUGGCUUUAACCAAAACAAGUCUUUUGACGCCUUUGUAAAAACCAAUUAGUUUUAGUUUCUUUUUAGCGAUCUUCGUCGUAGUGUAUACCGAAUAGGUAAAUACUCGACUGCAUAUCUAAUUAGUACCAUUUACGUCGUCCAUUUCUUCGCCAGUUAGCUAGAAGAGCUCGCCUCAAACAUGAAUCCGUUGUGUGGCAGAUGUAAUCGAGUCGUGUAUCCCACGGAAAAAGUGAAUUGUCUGGACAAGUACUGGCACAAAGGAUGCUUCAGCUGCGAGAUCUGCAAAAUGACUCUAAACAUGAAGAACUACAAAGGCUUUGAGAAGAGACCAUACUGCAAUGCACACUACCCCAAGACAAACUUCACCUGUGUGGCCGACACUCCUGAGAACCUCCGCCUCAAACAGCAGAGCAAGAUGCAGAGCCAGGUUCUGUACAAGGAGGAGUUUGAGAAGAAUAAAGGGAAAGGCUUCAGCGUGGUCGCAGACACACCGGAGAUGCAGAGAAUCAAGAAAACACAGGACAAUAUCAGCAAUAUUAAGUACCAUGAGGAGUUUGAGAAGAGCAGGAUGGGAGGAGAGGCCCCACCCCUGCAACCUAAUAACCCUACAGCAGCAUCUUACCAGCCCCCUGCAGCCUCUCAGAACUAUCACUAUGAACCUGCUCCUGAACCAAUCCGACAGGCAGCCACUGCCCCACCACCCAGUGCAGGGAAGCGGUACAGGGCAGUGUAUGACUACGUUGCUGCUGAUGAGGAUGAGGUGUCCUUUGUGGAAGGUGACGUGAUCGUAGACGUGCAGCAAAUUGACGAGGGCUGGAUGUAUGGCCGCGUGGAGCGCUCUGGCCAGCAAGGCAUGCUGCCUGCCAACUAUGUAGAUGCUAUUUGAGAAAGGGAGAGGGAAAAAGGGAGAAGGAGGAGAAAGGGAGAGAAAGAAAGAAAUUAAAAGCCCAGUGCCAUCUCAUCUUAA